AGCAGCCGCCCGGGCGCGGAGCGGGCGGGAAGGACGUUGGGGCGUUGUUGACGGUGCUGGCGGGGGGGGAUGGCGCUGUCGCAGCAGUGCGAGGCCGCCUUCGGUACCGCGGACCUGUACGGCGUGCUGGGCGUGCGGCGCGGCGCGUCCGAGCAGGACAUCCGCCGCGGCUACCACCGCGCCUCGCUGCGCUUACACCCCGACCGCGUCCCGGCCGAGCAGAAGGAGGAGGCCACCCGCCGCUUCCAGAUCCUGGGCAAGGUGUACGCCGUGCUGAGCGAUGAGAAGCAGCGCGCAGUGUACGAUGAGACGGGCAUGGUGGAUGAGGAAGCCGAGGCGCUGCAGGACGGGCGGGACUGGCUUGAGUAUUGGCAUCUGCUGUUCAAGGUCACCGUGAAAGACAUCGAAGAGUUCAAGAGUAGCUACAAAAACUCGGAGGAAGAGCUGGCUGAUGUGAAGGCAGCGUACUUGAAUUUCAAGGGCGACAUGGAUCGGAUCAUGGAGUCUGUGCUGUGCGUGGACUACACAGAUGAGCCCAGGAUACGGGAGAUGAUCGAGCAAGCCAUCGACUCCGGGGAGGUGCCAUCCUACAAGGCUUUUGUAAAGGAGUCAAAGCAGAAGAUGACGUCCAGAAGAAAGCGGGCAGAAAAAGAAGCUAAAGAGGCAAAAAAGACCAUAGAUGAGCUGGGCCUUAGUGAAGAAAAUGACUUGCAAGCAGUGAUUAAACGCCGAAGCAAAGAUCGAGAAAAGGAAAUGGAUAACUUCUUAACCCAGCUGGAAGCAAAGUAUGGCAGCACUGCUAAGAAAGGAGGAAAGAAGACCUCAGGCAAGAAAAGAAAGGCAGAAGGAACAGCGUAGACUGAAAUACCAGGUUUCACUUUGUGUAGAAAAGUGGAUUUGGGAGAAUUUUGGGUGUUUUCUGGGCCCCUGUUUCAGACUGUGUGCAUUGACUGGCUGUAAGUGAGGAGGCAUGACAUGGAAUCCAUGCUGAACAAGGAAGACAAGGCAUUCCUGUUGUCCCCAACCCUUUGGGUGCUCUACAGUUGAGAUCCAUGUGUGCUACUCACACAUUUCUUCUGUAACAAACCUGUUAUUUUUAAAAGUCUUUGCACAUCAGCUCAACAGGUCUUUUUCAGAUAUUCCAGUAGUUUUUAUAAAGAUAGUUUGGAAAAUUGCUGAUUUAAUAAACAAGAAGGUGGCGUUUUUUUUCAGA